CAAGAAGUUGUACAUUGGCCAGUCUGUCAGAGGAGCUGGUGAGAGGUGGUGGAUGCAUAUUCGGUGCACGAAGUCGGGCAAUAACGGCCACGCCCCCAAGCUGUAUUCUUUUUUGAAGGUCUUCGGAUGGCAAAAGUAUCUGGUCCUCCCUAUAGCAACAGGGGCGAGAAACGGCUUGCAGAUGCAAGAGAGGACACUUAUCUGCAGAUUUUCUCCGACACUUAAUGUGGUAGGCCGGAGUGCGGGGUUGAAACGUAAGGCUAGGCUAGGUAAGAAGGAGAGGCAGAGGGUGGAGGCCCGAGUCCCAGCACAAAGAAGAUGGUUGCUGUCCUUCACUUUAGUGGAACAGGGGAAGCAGUACUUCAGCUUAGUAGAGGUGUUGGAGGACACUUAUGAAGCAGGGAUAAAGGGGGUGAGGCUUGAGUCGUCCGGCGGUGAGGUGUGGGGAGAGAAGUGGUCAAUUGUCCGAAGGAAGUUUGGUACAUCGACACUUCUCGUUAAGGAAGUGAAGAUGCCGUUAAGGAGGGCUAAGCAGCACCUUGAGAAAGGGGGCAGAUUCAGAGUGGCACCGGUAGUGAAGACCGAGAGUGCACGAUGCAGAGGGAAAGGGUAUCUUAGGCAGUUGCUUGAGAUGUCGAGGAAGCAAGCCGAGCUUAAGUUUUUUGGCGUUUCAAAGCUGGUAUUUUUGUAUCGGUGUGCUAGGGAAUUCAAGACCAAGGCCACUCGGAGGACCCUGAAGGAGAAGAUAGCGUCGGUGAUCAGGAAAAAGACGGGGGUGAAUAUCAGGUUGAAGAUCAGCGUGGGCGUGAAGUAUAGCCAUAAGCUCAGGAAGAGGAAGAUCCAUGACACAGUGGUGUUGUGUGUGGGGAAGAGCAAGACCCACCCCGUGCUGAAGACGGUGCUGCAGCGCCGCGUGAGGGUGGUGUGGAAGAAGAAUAGUACGGUGAAGCAGGUUCUCACCAACCAUAGGGAGGCAGCAAGGGAGGGGGUAUGGCGAUGUACUUGUGGCCAGGAUCAGUUACCGAGAGAAGAAGGACAUGUGUUGGCUCGGGUCGCGCAAUGCCCAGUGAUUCCCCCAUUUCUGCACAAUGGGAAGAAUGUGCUGCAAAGCGAUGGUGGGACAAGACCGACUGAGGUAGCAGACCUGAGUGAUUUACAAGAGAUUGUCUCAGACCGAGCAGAGGUCAGGACUGCUGUAUAUGAGAAGCAAGCGAAGGAGUUAGCAGCGAAGCUGAGUCACCUGGUUGUAGUCCCGGUAGACAGGAACCCGGGUGACUUGGUGGUCAUGUGCCCCUCGACGUAUUACCAUGGCCUCCAGAUGAUGUUCACUCUUAACGGCGCGUACGAGCGAGAGUCGAGUAUGACUGAGGAUGAGGUGCUUGCUCAGGUGAAGACGGAGUACAAAAAAUUGGCCCUUGACAAGGUGGGGGCCUGGAACCCGGCGGCCAAGUUUGGGAAGGCGUAUGUCCUACCAAAGCAUAAGGAUCUGACAAGGUGGAGGCCGAUCGCACCGGCGAAUGCGGAAGGCUCAAGGACCGCGGGGAGGAGGCUAGCUCGGGCGCUGAACUUCCUACUUGAAAGGGUCCCUAAAGUCAAGCACUUUAAUCUGAAGGUCACGGCGUUGCUGAAGCAGAACUUGGAGGGUGCAGUAAGAAAGAUUAGUUUGUUUGGUGGGAGGUCGAUGGCACUGAUGGCUAGCUAUGACAUUAAGGAGAUGUUCACGUCGCUGCCGCACGGUGCGAUUGAGCGAGCUGUUGAUUGGUUGCUGAGACAAUGGGAGUUAACAAGGGGUGUUCAAGCUGAGACUGAGCAGACGUGGUAGGAUUGUAUCCGUGAGUAGUAGAAGCCUUGGGCCAGGCUAUGUUACAAUUAA